CUUGACUGUGAGAGCGAAAGAAAGGUGUAGGAGAUCCACCCAAACGUUUGUAUUAUUUGGUGCUUAUAAGUUUAAAUAAAAAUAAGACACAAACGGAGUCUCGCCGACAAAUGGACCGCUACGGUUACGACCGAAGUGGCUUUCUAAAUGAAGCAAAUUACCUGAGUGCUGCUGUGUGAAGGAGGUCAUGAUACCUGACCCCGUGUCUGCAGCUGCAUCCAGACCCUCUGAGCAGCAGAGUAAUAGCGCACAUAAUGGCGAUGAGGCCUCUGCAGCUGAAGAGUCCGGCAAUGAGAACAGACAAAAGAGGGCAAGGCGUAGGAAAAGACCUGCCGAGGAAUCGGAGAAUGUCACGAAAAGCAAAAAUGCCAAAAGCCGGCGAAGAUACGGCAGCGUUAGAAAGCGUAAACGUCCUCAUGUGGAGGCCGUCACUCUGUUUGACGUCAUCACCAUGGGCAGGAGCGCCAUGCGGGCGGUGAUCGGCGGCUGGAUGGAGGCCUACGCGGCGGACAGAGAAGCGUCUCUCCUCGACCUCAUCACCUUCUUCAUCCAGUGCUGCGGGUGCAAAGGCGUGGUCACUGCUGAAAUGUGUCACACCAAAGGCGACAGUGACACCAUGGACAAGAUGGUGAAGGAGCUGGUUGAAGACUUGGAUGAGGUUGCUGGACUGCAGUACAAGAAGUUUCUAGCUUUUCCGUGGAUCCUCACCGUCACCUGGCCCAUGGCUGCAGACAGCAUGGACUAUCCUCUGAUCCAACCCGGGUCGUACGGCCGUUGGUUCCACUCGGAGUUGUGCGACUUUGUGUCUGUGCUGGUGUCUCAGUGUCAGCACAGCGUCCUCUUUGACAGCUACCUGAUGAGCACGCUCGUCUCUCUGCUCGCUGAACUCUCCGACUCGCACAUACGAGCCUUCAGACACACCUGCACGCUGGCAGCGGUCAAACUGCUGACGUCGCUGAUUGACGUGGCCGCGUGUCUGAGCGCCGGCGUUGCAAAGAGUCUGGAGCUGCAGAAGGCGCAGAGGCCCAGCAGACUGAAGAACCAAGUGAAGCAGGAAGUGACUCAGCUGCAGGAGAAGAAGGCCGAGAUAGAGAGCGUGAUGGACGUCAUCUUCAAGGCCGUUUUUCUCAAGAGACAUCGUGAUGUGCUUCCAGAAAUCCGUUCCAUCUGCAUGGAGGAGUUGGGCCUGUGGAUGAGGAGCUACAGCUCUGUGUUCCUCAAUGACCGUUACCUCAAAUACAUGGACUGGAUGUCAUAUGACAAGGUACCAGACGUGCGUCUCAAGUGUAUCUUAGGCCUGCAGAACUUAUAUGGAGAUCCCGAGCUUCUGCCUCAACUGGACCUUUUCACCAGCCGCUUCAAGGACCGUAUGAUCUCCAUGACUCUGGAUAAAGACAACGAAGUGGCUUUGCAGACUAUGAAACUGCUGCUCCUCAUCUCCAAAACAUCUCAAGAUGUGCUUAGUUCCGACGACUACGGGCAACUCCUCCAGCUCGUUUUUUCGUCUCAGCGCCCCCUUGCAGCCACUGCAGGGGAGCUCCUCUUCUUCAGGCUUCUCCCUGCAGCUAAUAAUCAGGAUGGACUAAAUCAGGAAGAUGCUCAUAGACAAGAAACACUUGCAAGGCUCAAGGCCCUUCUGCAGUUCUACCAGAACUCUAAGCUACACAACCAUGUGGUCUACCUUGUGGAUAGCUUGUGGGACUGUGGUGGAACCCUGCUGAAGGACUGGCCCACACUCACCUCUAUACUGCUGCAAGACCCUCACAGUCCCUCACUGGGUCGAGGCCUCACUGAGGCAGAAGAAGCGUUGCUGGUGGAGAUCCUGGUAGCAUCUGUGCGUCAGGCAGCAGAAGGACCAGUGCUGGCCGGGAGGAGCGGUGCAAAGAAGGUGAUGAGUGUGAGAGAGAAGAAAGUUCAGGUUGAAGAUUGCACAAAUCUCACACAGCAUUUCCUCACGGUGCUCCCACACUUACUGUCCAAGUUUUCAGGUCGCUGGGACAUUAUUGCUUCCUUGAUAAGGAUUCCUCAGUACUUUGUGCCAGAGAGCCCUCAGGCAGACAAGACGGAGAUGGUCUCCAGGUUGUUAGCAGUGAUGAGAGCCAAUCUGGAGGGCCACUCGGGUGCCGACGUCCUGGAUGCGGCGGCACGUACGUUCCUUAGUCUGUGUGAAGCAGAGACCACGUGGUGCUCAACUGCCCGGACCACUAGGGACUCCAUGAUCCAAUGUUGGGUGGAUCACCUCAAAGACCUGCUGACCCAAUCCUUCACGGGCGCCACUUUCUCUGCUGAUGAGGAAACCACCGCAGACAUUUUAGCCACGCUGAAGAAACUCAGUGCUUUCCACAACUGUCACAAUCUGACCCGCUGGAAUCUGUUCGACCUGCUGUCACCUCUCCUGGCGAUGGAAGGCUUCCAGGAGGGAGCGCCACCUGAGGUGCUGAAGGAAACAUUACAGUGUCUGUGCUACUUUGUUUUCUGGUCUCUCAGUACCAGCAGUGAAACUCUGACCUCCAGGGACAAAGCUGUGACUCAGAGAGUCCAGUUGCGCGUCGUCAGCGAGACAAGUCAUCGUUGUCUGUCCCACUCAGACCACAGCGUGAGGCAGCAGGCCUUCCUGGGCGUCUGCGACAUCCUGACCGCUCACUCGUACCAGCACCACGUGUGGGAUCCCACCUCCUGGGGCCCCCUGCCUUACACGCCCACCCCCAAGCUGCAGGUGGCGCUGUUGAGCUUUGUGCGCAAGAACGUCUUUGUGGGGAGAGACUCUGACGAGGAGAGAAAAGUCUCCGAGGAGCUCGGUACGGAGGACAGGAUGCAGGAGCUUCACGCCAGGAGAAGCACGCUGGCCGCCUACUGCAAGCUCGUCGUACGCGGCGUGCUGGAGAUCAGCAUGGCGGCAGACGUCUUCGCACACUACGCCGAGUACCACAAUGAGUUCGGGGACAUCAUCAAGGAGACCAUGUACUCCAGCAGACAGAUGGACAAGAUCGAGAGCGCUCGUACUUUAGUGCUUUCUCUGCAGCAGCUGUUUGAGCGUCUUAAACGGGAGCAGGAGAGCGGCGUGACGCCUCGCCCGCAUCAGAGAGUCCAGACCUUCAGUGGCAUCAAGGAGCUAGCGAGACGCUUCGCCGUCAGCUUCAGUGACCUCGUCAAGUUCCGGGAGUGUGUCGUCCUCAUCCACAGGAGCGGCAUCGAGUUUGUGUUCCAGGACUUUGUCCAGACCCCGGAAGGUUCCACACCAGCGCACCUGUCCUACCUGAGCGUGCUGGCCGAGUUCUCCAGCAAGCUGCUGAAACCAGACAAGAGGACCUUGCUGUCCUACCUGCACAAGCACACCUGCGAGCACUUGGUGGACCUCAGAGAAGAGCGCUGGCAGCCGCUGCUCUUCUACCGGGCGUCCCUAUUGGCUGACGUGGAGGAGGCCGCCUCCCACGGCAGCUCGGACAGGAAGCAGACGGGACGCGCCGCCUUGUCCAAGAACAAACAAGGAAGUAAAGCAGGAGCCCCGCAGAGUUCCUCUGAAGUCCAGGUGGUCCACAGGGUCAGUAAUCCAAGCCACAAGACCCAAGACCAAGACCCCAAGACACCGUCCCCGACUCAAGAAGGCGUCCUUAGCAGCUGCCUCCAGGACACUGAUGACCCAGAUCAUGUUGACCCUGGUCAUGUUGACCCUGGUCAUGAUCAGGAUGAUGUGGACGUUGAAGUUUGAGGUUUGUACUAAAAUAUGAGUACCUGCAGUACUUGGUGUAUGCAGUAUAUCACAUGUACAUGUCGUGUACCUGCAGUACUUGGUGUAUGCAAUAUAUUAUAUGUUCAUGAGCACUUUAAGAACAUUUAUAAAUGUACUAAGGAGAGUUAGGGUCACACUGAAAUAUGAAGGGUAAAAAGUACUUUUA